AUGGCCCCUAAGAAGAACGCGGAAGCCGGCCCUUCCAAGGCCACCAACAAAGCGGCCACGGCCAAGGCGACUGGUCGUGGUCGCCCCAAGAAAACCGACGCUGCGCCUGCCGCGCCUGCCGCCAAGGUCACCAAGACUGCGGCGACGAAGGUCACCACCAAGGUGACCAAGUCCACCAAGGCGAGCGCUCCUGCCGCCAAACCCACGAAGACCCCCGCCGCGACCACCACCAAGGGAAAGGGCAAGGCCGCCGCGACCACCACCGCCACCACCAAGACCAAGAAGGCCACAACCACGGCCAGCGCAUCAAAGAAGCGCAAGGCCGAAGAUGACAACGAUGAGGAUGUGUCGCCCGCCGAGGAAGACAAGACCCGGCAGAUCAAGAAGCCUCGCGUCGUUCGCGAGCCCAAGCCCAAGGUGGUCAAGCCCAAGCGCGUUCUACCCAAGGUCGUCAUCAACGACGUCCCCAAGGCGCGCCUGAACGUCUUUGUCUGUGGUGAGGGAAGCUCCGGUGAGCUUGGUCUGGGUGCCGCGAAGAACGCGAUUGACGUGAAGCGGCCCCGCCUCAAUAAGCUUUUGGACGCCGAGGAAGUGGGCGUCGUCCAGAUCGCCGUGGGUGGCAUGCACUGCGUGGCACUCACACACGACAACAAGAUCUUGACCUGGGGCGUCAAUGAUCAAGGCGCGUUGGGUCGCGACACGGCCUGGGACGGCGGUUACAAGGAGAUGAAGGAGGAUGCAGAGAGCGGCUCCGACUCAGAUGAUUCCGACGACGACAGUGGUCUCAACCCCAAUGAGUCCACGCCUACCGCGAUCCCCUCCAGCUCCUUCCCCGAGGAGAGCGUCUUUGUUGCCGUUGCCGCCGCCGACAGCGCGAGCUUUGCUUUGACCGAUGACGGUCAGGUCUUCGGUUGGGGAACAUUCCGAAGCAACGACGGAGUGUUGGGUUUCGAUCCAGAGCACCGGAUUCAGACCACUCCCAUCCUGAUCCCCGGCUUGAAGAAGAUCAAGCAACUCGCCUGCGGUGCCAACCACGUCCUGGCCCUGACCGAUCGCGGUGCCGUCUUGUCCUGGGGUUCCGGCCAGCAAAGCCAGCUGGGUCGUCGCAUUGUUGAGCGCAACAAGCUCCACGGUCUUCAGCCCCGCGAGUUCGGCCUGCGCAAGGACAUCGUCCACAUUGGCUCCGGCUCCUACCACUCCUUCGCCGUUCACGCCAACGGCACGGUCUACGCUUGGGGCCUUAACAGUUUCGGUGCGACCGCCAUCCGCGACAAUGCUGGCGAAGAUGAGGCUGUCGUCAAUCAUCCUACGCGCGUCGAGUCUCUUUCCAACCAAAAGAUCACCCAGCUUUGUGGCGGCGCCCACCACUCCAUUGCUCGCACUGAGGAUGGUAAAUGCCUUGUUUGGGGACGCACUGAUGGCCACCAAAGCGGUAUCAAAGUCGACUCCCUUCCCGACGACUCGACUAUCAAGGAUGACCGUGAUCGCCCUCGCAUCCUGAUUGAGCCCACCCAAGUCCCUGGCAUCGAAGCUGCUGUUGUUGCCGCUGCCUCUGAUCAUUCCUUGGCAAUCGACGUAAAUGGUCGCGCCUGGUCCUGGGGUUUCUCGGCCACCUACCAGACUGGACAAGGCACCUCCGACGACAUCGAAGUCGCCACCAUGAUCGACAACACUGCCACUCGUGAUCGCAAACUGAAUUGGGCUGGUGCCGGUGGUCAGUUCUCAGUCUUCACCGAUCUCGCCUGA